AUGGCGGAUAAUUUACAGCAUCUUUCCUUAUCUGAUGAGGAGGAUCAAGCCCUGGAGGUUGUACCCUUGGUGGAUACUUCCUCUUUUUCCUAUGAUCUGUGCUUUGUGGGUAUGUUUUUGACAUAUAGUAGGAUCAAUUUUAAUUCAAUGCGGGACGUUCUUGCUGAGCUUUGGCAUCCUCUUGGGGGAGUUAGUAUUACUGAUCUUGGUGCUAAAAGAUUUUUGUUUCGGUUCUAUACCCCUGUUGAUUUUGAACGUGUUUGGAAUGGCACUCCUUGGCUUUUCAAUAACCAUCUCUUGAUUUUACACCCUCUUCAACCUGGGGAGGUUCCAUUAUUGGUUCCGUUAAUUUACGUUAGGGAAUGGGUUCAGAUUCAUGACCUCAAAGCGGGAUUUUUUUCUGAAUCAGUAGCACGUUCCUUGGCUAAUUUUAUUGGGGAUUACCUGGACCAUGAUUUGACCAGGGUUUCUACUGUUGUAUCGGAAUCUUAUGUUAGGGUUCGUGUCAGGAUGGAUGUGCGAAAUCCUCUGAAAAGGCGUCGUCGACUAGUUGCCCCUGAUGGUACCUCUUUCUUUGCCCGUUUUGCAUAUGAACACUUUCAGGUUUUUUGUUUUCUGUGUGGACGGUUGGGCCAUACAGAUUCUUUUUGUGACCUUUUGCUACAUCAUAAGAAGGAGUCUUUGACGCCUCACUGGGGUCCUGAGUUAAAAGCUGUUCAGCGUAGGUACCAACGUCCAACUAGCUCUUGGCUGCGGUUUGAAAAUUUGAGUUUACACUCACAGACUCCUGCUUCUGGUGGGAACUCUUCUUUCCAGAACCAGUUGCCUUCACAGGUUUUCCUUAAUUCUUUUUUGGGAGCGCUUGCUACGGAUGGUGAAAAUGAUUUUAGUGCUGGUUCUAUGGAGACUGAUUGUAAUGGGGAUAAGCAGGAUGCAGGAGAGAAUGAUCCUUUAUACAAGCCUGAUGAUGGUAAGAAGCGUCAACGGGUUGUUUCUACUGGCAUUGUUUCUGAUACUAUGGAUUCAAGGUCAGGCUCUUCUUCUCUAUCGGCCGAACCCAUUGAGCGGGUCGCCCGUCAACAAUGA